CAAAAUAGACGGUCUAAUAGGCUUUUUUUCUAAGUAAAACUACUAUGAAUGAUGAAUAUGUCAAGAAUAUUAAGAACUUUGUUUUUGAAUCAGUUUUAAAUGAAGAUUCUCGAUUAAAAUAUAUUACGUUACUUGGUCAUAUUUUUGAUACAAAGGCAAUCUUAAUUAUUGAAAAAACAACAUUGGAGUUAAAAGAUGCUAUGCUUUUUAUAGAGGAAAAUGGAUUAUUUUUUGAAUUAAUUGAAAAAAACGAUAUUUAUCAUUUAUUUUUGGGAGGAAUUCCAUUUUAUGAUAAAAAAAGUCCCUAUGCUAAGAUUACAUUGAUCUACCCUGCAUCUGAAAUACAUAUUAAAAAAUAUUCUAGACAAUCCAAAUGUAGGGUUCAAGAAACACCAGAAAUAUAUGAAUUAUAUGUAAAACCAUACAUUGAAACAAUGAAAGGACCUAGAAUUAAAUGGGUUUACAAUAUAUUGGAUCAUUUAGCCGAAAAAGAACAUAUUCUUUAUGAAUAUCCAGAUAAAGAAAAUGGAUUCAUUAUUAUACCUGACUUAAAAUGGGAUCAAAAAACAGUAUCAACACUUUAUUAUGUUGCUAUUGUUCAUCGGCGAGACAUUUCAUCCUUAAGAGAUCUAAAAAAAGAACAUAUCCCACUACUUCUUCAUAUAAAACAAGCUGCACUUGAUAUUAUUCCAAAAAAAUUUCAAGAAAUAUCACAAGAUCAAUUAAAAUUCUUUAUUCAUUAUCAUCCUUCCUACUAUCAUUUUCAUGUACAUAUUUCACAUAUUGAUUUUGAUUCUGGAGAUGGCAUGGAUGUUGGCAGGGCUUAUUUAUUAGAAGACAUUAUUAAUCAAUUAGAAACUAUGUCUGAUAAUUUUUCUUUUAUUCAACGAACACUUACUUUUUUUCUUGGGAAAAAAAGCGAUCUUUGGCUUAAUGUCUUUUCAAGUAUCAUGAAUACUUCCUGAAUUCAUCCUUUUGUUCAUCUUUUUAUUUAUUUUUUUC